AGUUGUAAUGAAAUACAGACAAUACCUCCACAGAUUGGCCAUUUGGAAUCCUUGAGGGACCUAAAUGUCAGACGAAAUAAUUUGGUGCGUUUACCUGAAGAGCUUGCUGAGUUGCCAUUGAUUCGAUUAGAUUUCUCCUGCAAUAAAAUAACAACAAUACCAGUUUGUUAUAGGAACCUCAGACAUCUUCAGUCCAUCAUGUUAGAGAACAACCCUCUCCAGUCCCCCCCUGCACAGAUAUGUAUAAAAGGAAAAAUUCAUAUAUUUAAAUACCUGAACAUAGAGGCAUGCAAGAUAGCUCCGGACUUACCUGAUUAUGACAGGAGACCCAUGGGAUUUGGAUCAUGCCACGAGGAACUCUAUUCCAGUCGUCCGUAUGGAGCACUCGAUUCUGGCUUCAAUAGUGUGGACAGCGGAGACAAAAGAUGGUCAGGGAAUGAACCAACAGAUGAGUUCUCAGAUCUCCCUUUACGUGUGGCAGAGAUCACCAAGGAGCAGAGACUGCGCAGAGAGAGUCAGUAUCAAGAAAACCGAGGGAGCGCAGUCGUAACUAAUGGUGGAGUGGAACAUGAUCUCGAUCAGAUCGACUAUAUUGACAGCUGUGCCACAGAGGAGGAGGAGGAAGAGGUGAGGCAGCCCAAGUGCAUGGACUCAGACAGCCUCAGCUCACAGUUCAUGGCAUAUAUUGACCAGCGGCGAAUCUCUAAUGAGAACUCCCCAGUAAAACCCACAUCCAUCAGAGAGUUUCAGAGAACAGAGGAUACAAGACGGCAUUUACAUCAAAACAGGGAUACAGAUGAAUUACGAAGACCUGAAACUCUAAAUUUGAUGCAGGACAAAGAGCAUCACCAAGUACUAAGGAGUUAUGUGGACAGGACAGAGAGACCCCUGCCUGACUCGCCUUAUUUUCUCUCGCUGUCGAGUCACCACAGUCAGGUGCCUAGCACAGAUUCCGAGCUGCACCGCAGGCACAUCGAGCGCACCCGUCGGGAGGCUCAGCUGGCAGCGCUUCAGUACGAGGAGGAGAGGAUGAGAACAAAGCAGAUCCAGAGAGAAGCUGUCCUUGACUUUGUUAAGCAAAAAGCAUCCUUAAGUCCUCAGAAGCAAAGUCCUCUGGAUAGUGAGUGUCCCUUUCCAUCCAGAAGGUCUCAGCAUACUGAUGAUAGUGCCUUGUUAGUGAAUGGCUUUGAGCCUCUCUUUGUGUUUGAGAUUGACAAUAACACCAAUACCAUUAAAAGGAGGCCAGGGACUCGCAAACAGUCACUCUCAGGGUUGAACCAAGAAAGCUGUGCUACUACCCUGCCUAGUGCCUCUACCUUCAGUCCUGUCAAGAGUGAUGACAGAUCUACCAUCUCCUCUGGUUCACCUACCACUCAGACAGUCCACCUUUCCCCUCCAUAUCCUGGCCAUGCAGCCCCGCCUUCCUAUAGAAACCCUUCCCAGCGACCUGAGAGUUUCCUUUUCCGAACAGCUGUCAGGGAUGAAGCCAAGAAAGCUGUAGCUUCAUCCUCUACCCGUGCCUUGUCUCCUGCUAAUGAUUCUGCAGACCCUCAAGUGAGACAAAACUCCAAACAGCGAGAGGAAGAGUUGGAGCUGAUAGAGCAGCUUCGCAAGAACAUCGAGUCGCGGCUGAAGGUGUCAUUGCCCAGCGAUCUGGGAGCCGCUCUCACCGACGGUGUUGUCCUGUGCCAUCUGGCCAACCACGUGCGGCCCCGCUCUGUCCCCAGCAUUCACGUCCCCUCCCCUGCUGUGCCUAAACUUACAAUGGCAAAAUGCAGACGAAACGUGGAGAAUUUCUUGGAAGCUUGCAGAAGGAUUGGAGUGCCUCAGGAGCAAUUAUGUUUGCCUCUGCAUAUUUUAGAAGAGAAGGGUUUGACACAGGUAGCUGUGACUGUCCAGGCGCUCCUGGAGCUGGCACCCCCAAAGCAGCAGCCACUUCACCACUUGUCUGCUGUGUAAAGACCUCCGGGACCUUUUGGGUUACCUUGGCUAAGCAGAAGGACCUGAAGACUUUACUGCCCAUGCAGUGCAUCCAAACACACAGAGCUCUGUUCUAAGGAAAUGAGUUUCCGUGAUUCCUGACAGGAAUGUUUUACUUCAUUUCUCCAUUUUUUUUGGAGAUCACAACAGUUUCCAGUAACAUUUUUACUACCAAUUUUUUUGCCCCUUAUUUAAAAAAAUGAGGGUUGGGAGGAGGGCAAGGAAUUCCAGUGGCUGGCUGUUGGAGCCAGCUGUAGAAACUGACCUUGCAGGUGGAAGAUAUGGAUGUAGAGUUAGGAAAGCAGUUCCUAGGGGAAUUUGUAAAAAAAAAAGGAUGUUGCUGCAGUGGUCACAUGGGGAAUUAAAUUUCUUUCUUUAUCCACAGAGUGCAAAGAAAUGGAGUUUCUUUGCCUCCAAAGAACAACUGUUAUUUCUAUUAUAAUAUUUUAAAAAUUGCAUCACACAAUCUUAACCUGCAGUGUUGGGUAACAGGGUCAAACCUCACAGAGCUGUAACUCGUGUUGGCAUGUCCUCAUUACUAAAAGUUGAAGAAAAAGAAAAUUUCCCAAAGGAAAACUUACUGCCUGUUCUCUCCACCAAAAACACGUUAGUAAAAGAUACUAAAUCAGAUCUGUUCAAACGGUGUUUAAUCCCAUCAGAAUUCUCUCUGGGUUCACUUUCUGUUGGGGGUUUAACGUCUUUAUUGGAACACUUUUCUGACAUCAGUGGGUGGAGAUCUCUGCUGGCUCACCGGAAUCAAGUGUGUAUUUCUCUGCACUGUGAACAAUCCCAGCCUGCCUUGCUGCUCUCUAGGAGCCCUUUGUCAACUAACUCAUUCAGGAGGGGCUGAAGCAUCCCCUGCAGGCACAGAAUGUGUUAGGGUUAGAGCCCAGUGAGAUCCCGAGGUGGGCUGGGUGUUGUCAGAGCAGGGCCUGUGCAAACACAGCUGCUCUUUGGGGGGUUUGACAAGGCUUUCAAUAAAGCCCUUUAUCAUUGGAGUUUAUGUAGAGAGAUGUGGUGGUUUUACUCCUCUUUCCUUAACAUAAAAAUGGAAAUUCAGUGUACAGGAAGGGGAGAGGCAGCCAACAAGUUUUGCAUUUUCUUGGAAAACUGAUGUGCAAAACAAGGACAGCUCUGUGUGCUCUGCUCCUAGUGACGAGGCCAAGCUCACUACCAGAUCAAUUACAGUAAUUUUUUUUUCCCCAAAAAAAGACCUCACAAAAUCCAGGUCUCCACCCAUGCAGUUCCUCUGUCAGGUUUUGCCCAAUUUCAAGCAUCCCAGAAUGUUAUGCUACUAACACAUGGUGCUUGGGGUCUGAAAGCAACUGCAGGCAUCAGUAGUAUUCCAUUUGGGGAUGCAUUUGAAGCAGAAUACACCAAGAGGAUUUUAUGCAGAUAAAGAAAGAAGAAAUGGGAACAAGUUAGCUAAAAGUCAUUUUUGCAGAAGUAAACCUGUGGUGGGAGCUGCCAAGGACUCGUCUUAGCUGCGUUUUUUCCCUUUUGAUUUGCAGUUUUGUGUCCACUUUGUUUUGCUUCAUGUAUUUCUUUCAAGGUCCAUUGUGGUGACUGUUGAAUCCCUUGUUUCACAUCAUUAUUUUGGUUGCUUCUUAUUGGCAUUGACUUAUCAUGCUGCAAGUGGAGAAAACACCUGGAGGGUGUCUAAAACUGCCCAGCUGCAAAGAGAAACCUCCUCAUGCUCUUCCUGAACCCUGCAAGGAAUUGAUGCCUAAAGGUGCCAGUAACUCACAGUACACACAGGAAGAGCAGCCCCAGAUGGGCAUUCUUUCCCCCUGAAGUAGCUCUUGUGUUUCACUUAAUUUUGUUUGUGAGGAGCAUUCUCAUUCUCAAAGGGUUACAUAGAGGUGUCUGAAGGCUUUGCUGCAGUUUGCUGAGGGGAAGGUUCUGCCACUUGCUGGCAACAGCACAGACACAGACACAGGUGUUCCUGGUGUGUUUGUCUUUGCACAUCAUCUGAGAGAGGGGGGCACUGACUUCAUCUUGGUUUCCAACAUUAGGUCACCUGUAUUGUUACAGGGACAUGUUGCAUUUAGCAGCAUGCCUCUUGUGGGCUAUUUAAAUAUCUCUGAAGAAAACCAGUCCCUUCAUGGAAUUGAAAGGGUGUGGUGAUUGCUUCAGUCCAGCUUCCAGCACUUAAAAGAAUGAAACUUAAUACUAUUCAGGUUGGUGGAAGUUUGACAUUUCAUUAAUACUAGUUUUUAGUAAUUAACUUGGUGGGAGCUCAAGUCUGGCCGGCAAGAAAGGGCUGUUUGCGUUGCCUGUGGCUCUCAGCCGUGUGAGCCCGUGUGUCUGGGCAGGUGGGGGGUCCCCAGCACUGGGUACUUGGUUCUAAGCAAUGUUCACUCUGGCAGUUUCAGUGUAGGGGAUCGUGUUAGUUUGACGUUUGUAAUCCUGUGUUUUCACGCUGGCAAGCACUAAAUCUGGUCCAGAUGUUUAGGACAAAAUCCAAACCUGAAGUUUCAUCGUACGGUUUAUUUAAUGUGUUACACCAAAUUGACUUCAGUUCUCUCUUGCAAAAUGGGUUGGGAUUUUCCAGUGUAUUUAUGUGCAAUUUUUGUUGUAUCCCAUGAAAAGAAUAUUUGAAAGAAAACAUGUAUAAAGUUCCUUGUUAAAGCAAAGAGGUGAUUGUCUUUCCUCUCUGGGGCUUCUGUGUUGGAGGAUGUGGGAGGGACCCACCUGAGUGUUCCAUGCUGCUGGUGUUCCUGCACUGACUGUGUGGUGUCACCAUCCAUCCUCAAACCUGGCGAGCCCUGGGCAGCGUCUGAGGCUCAGUGAGGUUACACACUCCAGGUGGAGCAUCCCAGCCACUGGGGGCUCAGGGCAGAGCAGAGUUUGGGUCUUCCCCCUUUGAAGGGGAGGCUUUUGAGAGGCCCCACCACCGGUGUCCCACUUCAAAUCCAUCAGACACAACUCUUUACAGCACCAGAGCACCUCUGUUGUAGCACCUCUGGUAGCAACAGGAUGGCAAACGGUAUUUUUACCCUUUUAUGACUAUAAAUGGUUCUUUGAAAAACUGUUUCAGAAACAGAGGACUUGAAAGGUGAAUUUGGACAUCUAAAAAAUGCUUUUGUAUGGAUACUGUGAUGUUUUACAAAGUGAUCUAAUUUUGUUAUUUCUCAAAACAGUGUAAACGUGUAAUUAAUAGAGUAAAGGAUUUUAAAGCUUCAUCCUGUGCUGUAUGUCUGUAAAUACAUUCCAUAAUUUCUGUUACAUAUAAAUGUGUUUGAAUAUUGUAUAUUUUAAAUUGCCUGUAUUCUGCCAGUAGUGUGAACGUCUAGCACAUUGAUAAUAUAAAAGGAAACCAUGGAUAUUUGAAAUAAAGUUUUAAAAC